AUGUCACUCAGAAUGGAGCAGACCAGUGCGACCUCCUGUGUCUUCCCAGGCUUCUCCAGCUUUGGGGAACUGCAACUCCUGCUCUUUUCUUUGUUUCUCUCCCUGUAUCUUGUCGCCCCAACCAGCAAUGCCUUCAUUAUCGUCGUCAUCAGGCUCGACAGCCAUCUGCACACCCCAUAGCUCUUCCUUUCCUCCUUAUCUUUCUCUGAGACUUGCUUUAUCUUGGGCAUUAUCCCUAGGAUGCUUUCCGGCCUGGUCAGCGAUGGGCAGGCCAUCUCCUAUGUGGGCUGUGCUGUCCAAAUGUUCUUUUCUGCUUUGUGGGCCUGUACCAACUGCUUCCCUGGCUUUGACAGAUAUGUGGCCAUCUGUGCCCCACUACACUAUGCCAGCCGAAGGAAUCCUAUCGUCUGUGCCCAGCUGGUUGGCACCUCCUUCUUGAGUGGGUAACUCUUUGGGCUGGGAAUGACACUGAUCAUUUUCCACCUUGCAUUCUGCAGCUCCCAUGAGAUCCUGCACUUUUUCUGUAACGCGCCGCCAGUGCGGAGCCUGAGUGGAGACCCAGGCCUAAGUGAGCCAGGGAUCCUUAUCCGCAGCCUGCUGGCCCUCCUGGUCUCCUUCUUCUUCAUCACCAUCUCCUACUCCUACAUCCUGGCAGUGAUCCUGAGGACCCCCUCCACUGACGGGAGGAAGAAGGCCUUCUCCACCUGCGCCUUGCAUCUCACGGUGGUCAUUGCUCACUAUGGCUGUGCCUCCUUCAUGUACUUGAGACCCAAAGCUCGUUAUUCUCCUGAGCAGGACCAGCUUAUUGCUGUCACCUAUACUGUGGUGACUCCUCUCCUCAAUCCCAUCGUUUAUAGUCUAAGAAACCAGGCUGUGCAGGCAGCCCUGAGAAAUGCUUCCUGAGGGAGAUUGCUGGGUAAAGGAUGA